AUGACGGAGAGAGCUUUCAACAAUUUAAUUCAUCACAACAAGUCAAAACUCCACAGUCUCAAACUUAAAAGUACUAGAAUCCAACGACAAAAAAUUGAUAAGUUGUCAAAGCAGGACAUGUCUCAAAGCUCAAGUGUUUUUCUUAAGAAUGGAAUAAAGUUCAAAGAGCCAAUACUCAACUUGUCAGAUACGACGUUCAACGAAUCAGAAACCAAACUGUUGAGCUUGGGUUUAAAAUUCUCCUUCUCAAAUUAUAAUAAGUCAAUGAUCACCGAAAAACUGGUCGUCGCAGUUGAGACUUUCCUGAAAUCCAACAGAGUGAUUAAUCCUCAUAUAAUUCGUAGUCAUAUUAUUUCAAUCUUAGACAAAUUCAAGAAGUCCAGAAUCAGGACACCAAAAUAUAUAGUUGAUCUUAAACGGAAUCUCACAGCUAUCUCUAAAAAGAUUAAGGACAAUAACUUGUUUUUCUCCAAAGCAGACAAGGGUGAUUGUUUAGUAGUUCUAAAUAAGACUGAAUAUAUCAACAAAGUUCAUGAUUUCCUUUCCAACAACGGUUUCAACAAGACAACGAGGUCAAAUGUUAACAAAUACAACGCUAAGUUUAAGAAUAAACUUUCAUCCCUUGGUCCAUUGCUGUGCAACAACUGGAGGUCACUUAUGCCUAUGUCAUUCACCACCCCUGGACUGUAUGGUCUUCCGAAAAUCCAUAAAGAAGGCAUCCCUAUCAGACCGGUGGUUUCGUUCUGUGGCAGUCUAGCCUAUAAACUGUCAAAACAUCUGAAUAAGCUUCUAAUGUCUGCCAUCAAUUUCAAGUCGGAAUUCAGCGUUGAUAACUCUUUGGAUCUAAUUAGUAGAAUUAAGGAUUUACGAAUCCCAAACAACACUAUACUGGCUUCUUUUGAUGUGAGCAAUCUGUUUACGACAGUACCAGUCCCGCAGACAUUGCAGAUAUUUAAAAACAAGUUGAUUGAUUCUUCGAUGUCCGACGACUUGACUAAUUGUGUAUUCCAACUCACAGAAUUAUGCCUUCAACAAAACUUUUUCAACUUUGAAGGAGAAAUUUUUACACAAAGGGAAGGCUUGAGUAUGGGCAACUGCCUUUCCCCUCUCUUCGCAGAACUCUUCAUGUCAUAUUUCGAAAAGAAGCUGAUUUUCAUACCGAACAAUCCUUUCAAGGAUAAAAUUCUUUUUUGGUUCAGAUAUGUAGAUGACAUAUUGAUAGCUUGGAUUGGUAGUGAGGAAGAACUAAAAGAGUUCCAUGAGUGGAUCAAUAAACUUCAUAUGAACAUCAACUUUACAUUGGAACUCGAGUCAGAACGGAGGAUCAACUUUUUAGACCUUUCAAUUAGUAGACACCUAAAUAAGUUAACUUUUAGUAUAUAUAGGAAACCCUCUCAAACAUCCACCAAAAUCAACAAAACUUCAUGCCAUUACAUGGGCCAUAAAAUGGCGGCUUUCAACACAUACAUCACUAGACUGCUCAAUGUUCCUUUGAGUCAAGAUGCUUACAGUGAGGAGGUGAACACCCUGAGGUAUCUGGCGGGGGAGAAUGGUUACCAUCCGGAUGUCAUUGACAGGCUAAUUGACAGGAGAAGGAAGAAACAAGGCAUGAAAAAACCCCACUUGUCGACUUCAGAUCCUUCGAACAAUAAAUACUGCUGCAUCCCUUUCUAUGGCGGCAUUUCACAUAAAAUCGCCAACGUAAUUAGACAGAUCGAAAACUCCAAGGUAACAUUUAAAUCUGAUAACAUCUUGAGCCAAUUCAUAAUUAAGAAUAAGAGCCCUAUUGAUAACUUGGACAAACCGGGCGUCUACAGAUUGGAGUGCGGUGAACCAGGCUGCAACGUUGUUUAUGUGGGCAGGAGUGGCAGAUCCAUUCGAACGAGGACAAGAGAACAUCUAAAUAGUGCUAAAAAUCCAAACAACGAUAAAUCUAUCUUCGGUUGUCACAUAAGGGAAGAAGGACAUAGGUUCGAUAUUGAAGAGAACACCAAACUUAUUCAUCACUGCGAUUUUGGCUACAAACAGGAAAUUCUAGAGGAGGUAGAAAUCUUUAAACACCUUAAGAACACAGAAUACAAGACACUAAAUGCGAUGUUGACCAACAACGUGAAAGACACAUAUAAAAAUCUUAUAUUGAUCCCCCCCGGGGGACGCCACUGUAUCGUCGAGAAAAUUGAACACUUGAGUUAA